GGUACUGCUUCUCGGUUUAUUCCCCGGAUUAAGACGACAGGUGAAAGCCAAGGCUUCGGCCGCCGUUACAGUCUGCCUCGUUCUUUGGUUUGGCAGAUCACGCUGGAUGAGACCGACAUCCGAGCCCAGAACGUGAGGCAUUACCGAGAGCACAUUGGUGUGGUCAGCCAGGAGCCCGCUUUGUUUGGGACCACCGUCGGUAACAACAUUAAGUUUGGGCGCGAAGGCGUGAAUGACGAGGAGAUGGAACAGGCAGCGAGGGAGGCGAAUGCCUACGACUUCAUCAUGGCGUUUCCUAAGAAAUUUAACACCCUAGUAGGGGAAAAAGGAGCACAAAUGAGCGGAGGCCAGAAACAGAGAAUCGCCAUUGCCCGAGCACUAGUUCGAAACCCCAAAAUUCUGAUCUUAGAUGAGGCUACGUCCGCCCUGGAUACAGAAAGUGAGUCAGCUGUCCAAGCUGCCCUGGAGAAGGCAAGCAAAGGUCGCACUACAAUUGUGGUAGCACACCGGCUCUCCACGAUUCGUGGGGCAGACCUGAUUGUGACCAUGAAGGAUGGCAUGGUGGCAGAGAAAGGGACCCAUGCUGAACUCAUGGCGAAGCAAGGACUGUAUUACUCGCUCGCCAUGGCACAGGAUAUUAAAAAUGCCGAUGAACAAACAGAAUCAAGGACAUUUUCCACUGAAGAAAAUGCCAGCUGUGGUUCUCUGUGUGAUGUGAAUAGCACCAAGUCCCCCUGCACUGACCAGUAUGAGGAAGAUGUCCACCAUCAAAAGGCAAGUCUUCCUGAAGUUUCUCUACUGAAAAUAUUUAAGUUAAGCAAGUCUGAAUGGCCUUUUGUGGUUCUGGGAACAUUGGCUUCUGUCAUAAAUGGAUCUGUUCACCCAGCAUUUUCCAUCAUCUUUGCAAAGUUAGUCACUAUGUUUGAAGACAAAAAUAAAGCUACAUUAAAGCAUGACGCCGAAGUGUACUCCAUGUUGCUAGUUGUCCUGGGUAUUGUUGCUCUUGUCACUUACUUGAUGCAGGGAUUGUUUUAUGGCAGAGCAGAGGAAAAUUUAGCCAUGAGAUUAAGACACUUGGCAUUCAAAGCCAUGCUAUAUCAGGAUAUUGCCUGGUAUGAUGACAAGGAAAAUAGCACUGGAGCCCUGACCACAACGUUAGCCAUGGAUGUUGCUCAGAUUCAGGGUGCGACAACUUCGAGAUUUGGUGUCACGAUACAGGAUGUGACCAACAUGGCGCUGUCCAUUCUCAUCUCCUUCAUCUACGGAUGGGAGAUGACACUCCUGGUUCUCAGCUUUGCACCUGUGCUUGCAGUGACAGGAAUGAUUCAAACCGCAGCUGUGGCUGGCUUUGCCAACAAGGAUAAACAAGAGCUCAAGCAUGCUGGAAAGAUAGCAACGGAAGCUGUGGAGAACAUACGCACCGUGGUGUCACUAACAAGAGAGCGAGCCUUUGAGCAAAUGUACGAGGAGACGCUUCAGCUCCAACACAGGAAUGCCCUGAAGAGAGCACACAUCGCCGGAAGCUGUUAUGCGGUCAGCCACGCUUUUGUGCACUUUGCCCACGCAGCAGGGUUUCGAUUUGGAGCCUAUUUGAUUAGAGCUGGAAGGAUGACACCAGAAGGCAUGUUCAUAGUUUUUACCGCCAUUGCAUAUGGGGCUAUGGCCAUUGGAGAAACGCUUGUUUGGGCUCCUGAAUAUUCCAAAGCCAAAGUUGGAGCUGCACAUCUGUUUGCUUUGCUGAAAAUGAAACCAACUAUAGACAGCUGCAGUCAAAGUGGGAAAAAACCAGACGCCUGUGAAGGAAACUUAGAAUUUCGAGAAGUUUCUUUCUUCUAUCCCUGUCGUCCGGAAGUCCCUGUCCUUCAUGACGUGUCCCUCUGCAUUGAGAAGGGGAAGACCGUAGCUUUUGUUGGGAGCAGUGGCUGUGGGAAAAGCACCUGUGUCCAACUGCUACAAAGAUUUUAUGACCCCGUGAACGGACAAGUGCUGCUUGAUGGUGUUGAUGUAAAAGAACUGAACGUGCAGUGGCUGCGUUCCCAGACAGCUAUCGUCUCCCAAGAGCCUGUGCUCUUCAACUGUAGCAUCGCCGAGAACAUUGCCUAUGGUGAGAACAGCCGCGUGGUGUCCUUGGAGGAGAUCAAAGAAGCUGCAGAUGCAGCCAACAUCCAUUCUUUCAUUGAAGGGCUCCCCAGGAAGUACAACACUCAAGUUGGACUGAGGGGAGUGCAGCUUUCUGGAGGCCAGAAACAAAGACUGGCUAUUGCAAGGGCUCUUCUCCGCAAGCCAAAAAUUUUACUGCUGGAUGAGGCUACUUCAGCCCUUGACAAUGAGAGUGAGAAGGUGGUUCAGCAGGCCCUCGAUAAAGCCCGGAGAGGAAGGACCUGCCUAGUGGUGGCUCACAGACUCUCCACAGUACAGAAUGCGGAUGUGAUCGUAGUUCUGCAGAAUGGAAAAAUCAAGGAGCAGGGAACGCAUCAAGAGCUCCUGAGAAACCGAGACACAUACUUUAAGCUAGUAGCCACACAUCACUAGCGGCAUCGUGGACACACGCGUGCUCCUUGCAUGCACUUUGACUUUGUGUAAUGAAGAGUAUGUAGUCAUUUCUUGGCCUGCUCUGGUCUCUCACUGCAAAUGUCAAUACUUAGUAUCCUGACACUCAAGUACACACAUGUUCUGUUCAA